AUGAAACCGUUACUCGUGUUUGGUUUACGCGGCACCUUACUAGAGCGUAUUCACGCCAGUCGCAUUCCCCCCGGAAUGCCGGAGAAUGCCAUCACGGUUGGAAUGAGUCGAGUGUGGCUGCGGCCCGGUGUGAUGGAGACCCUGCAGGCGCUGCAGCCGCACUGUCAUCUCGCCGUGUGGAGCUCCACCACCGCCCGCAACACCGCCCCACUCAUGGAGGCGAUAUUUCAUCACAGCAGCGAUUCGCCCGCCGUGCGGUUUGCGUUCGUGUGGUCGCGCGAACACACAUCGUCGGAUGAGUUCCGCCGCACCACCGCCACUUCACGGGAUGAUCAACACGCGACGGUGAAGGAUCUGCGGGAGGUGUACCGCCGCUAUCCAGACAUCGCCACUCCACGCAACACCGUGCUGAUAGACGAUACGCCGAGUAAAGGGAAACCAAAUGCGGCGAACUUUCUCUGGUUAGAGACAUGUGAGGAAUUGAAGAUUGAGAAUGCACAGGUGAUGCCGGCACUGCGGCGGUUUGUAGAGGAGAAGUUGCUGGCAGAGAAGGAAGAUGUACGACGACUACUGCCGGUUCGCAUUCCAUGGGAUGUGUAG